ACCUCCUGGCUGCUCCUGAGCAUGUGCGCCAACCUGCGGGCCAAUGUCUAUUGGCGCACAAUGGCACCGGAGGAAACGCUCGAGUUCGUGGCGGCCCACGACGAGCACAUGGCACAGCUAGCCACAGGACAGGCGGCCAGGGAGGUCGCGCAGCUCCCACUCUGCCUCGGCGGCUUGGGCUUGCGCUGCGCUGCCCGCAUGGCGCCCGCGGCGUGGUGGGACACUUGGGCAGACUGCCUGCCGAUGCUGCGAGAACGCGCGCCGGCUGACCGCGGACAUCUGCUGGGCCCUCGACGCAGGCGCGGCCAGGCCCCCACCGGGCACCGCCAGGCGGCCGAGGCGCGGCGCCAGCUUGCACAGGAAGGCUGCGAGACACCCACCUGGACGGCGCUGGCGUUGGGAGCGCGCCCCCCGCCCACGCAAGACAGGGAGAUGGGCGAGCGGGCGCACGGAUGGCAGUUCUGGGCGGCCCGGGCAGGAGACGACCGAGCCAGGGAGGGCCUCGUGCAACGCAUGCACGCCCCGGAGCGCGCCCUGCUCCUCUCCCAGAGCGGCCCAUGCGCCGGCCGCGCGUUCACGGUCUUGCCCACGAGCGAGCCCAUGCGGGUUCCACCCUCAGAGUUGCGCGUCCUCCUCCUGCGCCGCCUGCGCCUUGACUUACCAUUUACGGCAGGCGCGUCCAGGUGCAGAGCACGACUCGACAGCAGACGAGACCGCAGGGCGGCGUGCCCCACAGCCGGCGUCCGCAAGAAGCGGAGAGCACCCCUGGAGAAGGCGACGGCCCGCAUCUGCCGCGAGGCGGGGGCGAGACUGGCCGUUGACGCCACGCUGGUCUGCCCGCUCGACCGGGGAGCCACGGCCCACCCGCGCACGGCUGACGAGGACAGGGCGCGCUGCCGGCUCGUGGUCAUGGCCUUGGAGGUGGGAGGCCGGUGGCCCCAAGAGGCCCUCCACUUCAUGCGCCUCUUGGCGGAUUGCAUGGCCAGUAAAGGCAGCUUGGAUCCAGCGGUGGACAGGCCUCGCCUCAGUGGCGGCGCAGCGGGCCUUCGCAGCCUGCAUCUGCUCCUGGACGGCCUCGCCUGCGACGGCGACGAGCCAUGGCUGCAAGAAGUCCUGGCGGACGCGCGCUACACCGAAGCGCCAGUCCCUAGCCGCAUGCCGGCGCGCCCCUGA